UGUCACGAAAGACAUCCGUACAUCCGUCAUCCGUCACAUCCCAGCAUGUCGCCACACUUGUAUAAUGGCGAAUUCAUUCAUUCAAACGUUCUUGAGAUCAGAAUAACAUGACGUCUGCAUGCCCAUCUCUAUCCCACUCCAAUUUGUUGUCCCUUUAUCAUUUCCUUUGGCAGAAACAAGACCAGUCUAUCGUGAGGCGAGGGUUGAACUGUGAUGUCUUAGAUUUGGAAGACUUUGACCACGUGCAUCCGUUCACCUUUGACGCCAUUGAUCUAUCUGGAUGUCCUAGUGUCAAGUUACCAAACGGAGCAACUUCCAUGCUCAUCCGCUCAGAGUACGAAUUAUUCUUCGAACGCAUCUCCGCGAUUGAACGUAAUUUCAUCAUGCAUGGGUCGGCAGGUAUAGGGAAGACGCAUUUCUUAGCAUAUCUCCUCGUCAGGCGACUUCUCGCUCGCCAACCGGUGACGUACCAGGUUGACCAACCAGACUCGUGCGUCAUGUGCUUCACCGCCGACGGGUUCUUCACCCUCCCGGAGGAAAACAGCGAGUAUCACCCUCUGUUCCAACGCAAAGACGUGUGGCACCUCGUCGACAGCGCGCACGAAGACCCAACCACGCACCCGAACACCAACCACACUAAGGCGCUGAUGUGGGGCACGUGCGGCAAGGCCAUCUUCACCACAUUUGGGCCGGGCAGCUUGGGCUCCAACGUUGAGUGGUCACCUGGAUAUGAUGUUUCUCUCCGGCGGUGGAUGAAACCUUGUACUUGGGACGAGAUCUUUGCGAUGAGUGCUCUUACUGCAGACAAGCACGACCCAGAGGCUCUGCGAUGGUCCUACAUCCACUUUGGGUCCAACGCGCACACCUGCUUACAAGUGACUCGCCAUGCCAGCCACGCCGAUCAUUAUCUCAACGGGUUGGAAUGCGCCCACGAUAAUUUCUGGAGCCUACAUCCCUCACUGCGCGAACUAGAAGCCCAAUAUAGCCGGAACCUCUUCGCCGUCCAACCUGGCGAAACCCGCACAGAGCCGCUGCCCUUCCCCGUAUCGCAGGUUGCCAGUAGGCUCAUCGCAGAUGGGAUCGCCUCCUUAGACUCCUCCGAUGCCAAGGAUGCUGUUAAUAAUCUGCUCAACUCAGAGGAUACCAAGGAGGCGGGCGAGAUCUUCUACCGUGAGGUUGUGGUAGCGCUCAUGUCCAGGUUCGGCGGGGCCUUCGAGCUUGGAUGUCCCGAUUCACAAGGACAUUGCCGGCCAGCGCACGAAGACCUUGUCCGCACCCAAGGCGAACUUGCCGCGCUAGCCGAGAAAUAUCCGCACAUUCUCCAUUCCCCUGAGGAUGCGCUCAUCCAUCCAGGAAUUGAUGCGAUUAUGUUUGAUGCUGGCACGUCGACAGUAUGGCUUAUGCAGGUGAUGUACGGAUCCCCACGCCCAAUAUCUCCGCAGGGUCUUCUCUUCCUGCUUAGUGCCAUACGAGGCAGCGCUUACGAACCGUCUCCCAUCCGCCCCUGGAAUCUCGUGUUCGCAUCACGCGGGCAGCCACUUACAAACCUCCUCCAGCUAAGCGGUUCCAAAAAUACACAGUUUUUCACCUCCGUAUUCUGGGACCCGCGCAUCAAAUUAUACGUCAUGCAGCUUCGCGACACGGACAGCGGCAUGUAUUCUUCAAGCACCCUGUACGAGAAGUGGGGCUUCCCUUACAAGACACCACGGAGGAGCUUGCCCAGCUUCCCGCGGCACCUUGCGAAUUCGCUGGCGCAUCUGGUACGCAGGCCAUGGCGUGCAACUGGAUCGGAAUGUGCGGAUCAGGCGACAGCAGGGCUUUGGGGUACGCUUAUACGGACGUCGGGAGUGCCGGGAGCUCAAUUGCUCGGGGAGAUGACGAGCGAGCAACCGGUUGGUCCCAAUGGGUUUCACAUGAGACUUCCUGGGGGUAAUGUACAAGAAGAAGAAUUCCGAUCUGCCUAGCUAUUCGUUAGCGUAACGAUGUAUUUAUGUACGAUAUCUACACUAUUCUGCCCCGAGUC